CACCAAAAUUAUAAGAGGCCCUUCAGAUUUAGUACACGCGCAACUGAUGGAUAGGUCAUUCGCGUGUCGGAUCACAUGCGCCACACCACACCACACCACACCCACACGUGUGACUAUCUUCUCUACAGACGUCUUUGUCCUCGUACGAGCCGCUCGCGCUCGACGCUCCCCAUCGCCGCCCGUAUCAACGCCUCAUCGCCCACCUGCGAUCGCCGGUCGCCUGUCCCUUUUGGUUUGCCUUCUUUUCCCCCCGCACGGUUAAAGAGAAACAAGGAGAAAAAGCUACGUCUUCUCUCUCUGUCUUCUCCGGUCUUCCUCUCUGUCUAGUUCCUAUCCGUAAGAAGCCAACCCUAACUCUCACGAGCGAGAGAGCAGGCGAGUACCUGCUGAUGCUGAUCAGAUGAUGAUGAUGAUGGAUAAGCGAGAUGAGGAGACGAUGGAGGAACCGGCCGCCGAGAUCCCGCUGCCGUUCUCCGCGCAGUCGCCGUCCACCUUUCCGCCCCCGAGAGGGACGUUCCUCGAUGCUGAUGGCGCGGACAGGGGCUUCCUCGAGCUGAUCGGCCUGCAGGAGCUGCACCAGUCGUCCUUCCUGUUCCAACAACCGGCCGCAAGAGCGACGUGUGUGGCGUCUGCUCCUCCUCCGGUCCAAGCGAAGUCCUCCGACGCGGUUAACUUCCCUGCGAACCCGUCGUCGAUGUCGUGCUCCUCGACCGAGACGGGCGCCAACCCGACCAAGCCCGCCACCGCGGGGGAGGCGAACGAGCAGGAGGCCGAGACGAAAGAGAGAUGCAAGGAGGAAGGAGGGAAGAAGAAGAAGAAGGGGCAGAAGCCUCAGGAAGAGCCGAGAUUUGCGUUCGAGACGCGGAGCGAGGUCGACCACUUGGACGACGGUUACCGGUGGCGCAAAUACGGACAGAAGGCCGUCAAGAACAGCCGCUUCCCCAGGAGCUAUUACCGCUGCACCAGCGCAACAUGCGGCGUGAAGAAGCGGGUGGAGCGGUCGUCGGACGAUCCCGCCGUGGUGGUGACGACGUACGAAGGGCAACACAACCACCCCAGCCCCAUCGUGCCGCGCGGCGCCCACCAUGCGCCACCUCCCCCGCCUCCGCUCCUCCCGGCGGAGCCGUCCAUGCCUCCCCCGCUUGGGUUUGUCUUUUCGCCUCCGGUGAACACGAAGGAGUUCCAACUCCCCCUGCUCAGCAGCUACCUCGCGCCUCCCCCGCUUGAUUUCAACCGUUCAGCCGCCCCACGGACCCUCGUGGUGACCUCCGAUCUCACCGCCUCCAUCGAGGGCCGCAGUCAGACGGCCGAGUCCGCGAUCAGGGACGACGGGCUGCUGCAGGACUUGAUACCCUCAGAGAUAAGAAAGGAGUAGUCGUCGUAGAGUUAUGGUACGUUGGUCGACCUUCUCCUGACAGAGAUUGGUGUUUUCUCCUCCAUUUUAGGAGAUUUUUCCUACAAAUAUUUUCCUCUGACUCCGAUCAGUUGGAUAAAGAAAUCAUAGCCGUUCUUUCCCGUAUGCACAGAUUACCUACUGCUGCUGAUUAUGUUGUAUUACUUACUCUCGGUAACUCUCUGUAUAUUGAGUUGUUUAUCUGAACUUUUCAGUUGAAAGAUUGCAUUCUUGUCAUUAAGAAGCCACUUUAGGAGAUUUCACCGAGGGAUGCAGAAGCAUAGAACUGGAGAUGUGUUAAGGUUAGGGUUGUAGGAUAGUUGAUCAGAGUCAUGGGUGGAGCGAGUUGAGUUGGGGAAAGGGAAGGGUGAGUGUGAAGGACUGGUGAUGUGCUCAAUUCUUCACCUUUGAAAAGCUGAAAGAAACCUCACAAUGAGGGGAAUGUGCAGGAAAGAACAGCCAGGGAGGGAGUAUGAAGAAGAAAGCUUUCCUCAUCUCAUUUGGAAUGGACUUUAUGGUUCCUUUUCAUUCAUUUUGCCGUUUGCAUGCUGCCUGUCAAAGCAGAUAGCCACUGAGAUUGGACAUUGCAUAAAUGCACUGCAGGUUUGCAGACAGCAGUAGGAAUGCAAUUCUGAUGGUUCUGGAUGAACUUAAUGCGUUGUUUCUUUGUGUUUGUCCUUUCAUUCUUUCAAACAUAAGGUGAAAAAGAUGAGUGAGAUGA